UUAGACGAAAUUAAUACAUCUCCAACAUCAUUCAAUAGGAAGUCAAUUGUUAAUACAACAUAUGGCAAUAACAAUCACGUACAAUCAGAGCCGGAAAAACGAUGGUAUCCUAUACCUAAUGUAAUCACUUCGUGCUAUUUACUAAACUCAUCGUUCUAAUUGCUUGUUUUUAAAUUUAUUAUAGGUUGGACUUGUUGAUGAUGCGGCAUUCGUAAAAAAUUCAAAUUUUAUGUAUAUUGCUGAUGACAAUGCGAAUUAUGAGGCAAACGGAAUAACAGCAAUAUCAACACAGUCUAAAAAUGCGUCAACAACAGCAAGAUCUACACCGAAGAACGAUUCGUUGUUGAUACCACGAUCAGACUCCUCAUUAUUAUCUUCUCAACAGAAACAAUCGACAACACGGCCAAAGUCAAUGGAAGAAAAUAUGAAUAAUGAUCAUAAUCGAUCACCAUCCAAAAAAAUUUAUACUUCAACUAGUGUACAUAAACCCACAGUUUAUACAAGUCCACAAUUAAUGGAUGUUCUGCAGCAUAGAGCGUUAGAACGUGGUCAACGAUUGUUAAAUGUUCAUAUUGCUCAUCCUGCUUCACCAUCCACAAUUCAUAUAAUGUUAGAUGAAGAUUAUGCCACAGCAUUGAAUUUAUUAACAGUUAUGCAUCAUAACGGCGAAUUAAGUGCUGAAAAAUCAACGACACAUUUUAAACCACAAGUAAAUCAUCUAUGUGCUGUGUUUCAUGAAGGAAGGUGGUUUCGUUGUCGAUGUAUUCAAGUUUUGGAAGAUACUGUCGAAGUUCAAUACAUCGAUUGGGGAAUGAUAGUCUCAGCCACUAAACAAAGUAUUCGUCCUCUUCCAAAUAUCUUUUAUAAUGAUCCUGCUUGCUGUAUACAAUGUCGUCUAGAUGGUGUACUAGACAUGAAAUUGGACGAUGAGACAAUUAAAAAGUGUAUGGCGCUAUUAAGUAAGGAUAAUUAUGAGGUUUUGGUAACAAAUUAUGAUAGUAUCUAUGGUGGAACAAUAGUUUUAUAUUGUGAAAAUGAAAAUAUCAACGAUCAAAUAUAUUCAUUGUUAAAUCCAUCAAAAAUGUCGAUAUCUAGUCAACAAGAGUUUGAUGAACAAUUUCAUUAUCAACUCGCUCUUAAAGUUGGCGAAGAACACAAAGCUAUAUUGAGUUCAUUCAGUGGGAAAGAUGACAGUUUUUAUGUGUUACUUGCAAACGAUAUAACAGUAGCUGUUGAUAAUGAAAUGACACAAUUAUCACUUGAUACAUCGAGAUCAAAACCAAUCACACCACAUGUAAGAACACUAAUAUCGGCUAAAUACGAAAAUAAAUGGCAUCGUGCAUGGGUUAAAUCGAUUGAUGCUACAUUACAUUUAAUGGAUUUAACAUCCUGUCCAGAAAGUGUUCGAACAUUACCAUGGCUGGGAAUACGUGUACGUUUUCAUAAUGAAAAAUUAUCGCAUGAAGAAUUAUCGAAAUUUUGGUCAACAACAGAAUCAAAUUACAUAACAAUACGUGUUGAAGAAAUUCGAAACAAUUAUUAUACUGUUAGCGUUAAAGUUGAUUAUUCAACAUUACUUCGAUUAGAACGUUCAAAAAUAAAUGCGCCUCUAAUAGAACCAAUUGCAGUAGCUGAAACAUCAAAUACAAGAGAUAUAGUUGUAAAAAUACUAACAGAAGCGUCAGUACAAACGACAGAAGAUGAACGAGGGAUGUCAACGAUACCAGCAAUACAGCAACAACCACUGCAAACUGAGGACAUGAGUAAUAAUGUGUUGAUUAAUAAUUUAAUUCAAUCAUUUAUGAACGAAAUUAAUUUGUUACAUAUACGUAUAGAAAAAAGUGAAGAGAAAAGACAAGACCGUGAUCUUCAAUUAAUGACACAAUUAAUAACGACAUUGAAGCAUAAAAAUUAA